GAGGGGGUAAAAUAUAAGGGUAAAACAUAGGAAACGGGAGGAAAGAGCGGGGAUGAUAGAUAUAACAUACUGUUCAUUUAUUUCUCUCAGUCUGCCAUCCCAGUUGCGGGGCUUAUUGCUCAGUGCGUCUUCGAGAGAAGAGAGGGAGUGAGAGAGAGGAGGGGGUGGACAGAGCAAAAGAGGGCGGAAUGCCCCUUUACAAGCGUCGCAUCUGACUAAAACAGCGGAGAAGCUAGUAAAUCGGAAAUUGGACAGAGGGUUACAGUGGUUUCUGCAACGCCAAGGUUAUGUUGGAGAGCUUCAAAAGAGUCUCCACAAAGCCGACAGUGGGUGCAGUCCAUGCUGAAGUGCAGGCAGGACCACUAAAACUGAUGUGUUGCACCGACCCAAGUUGGAUCCAGAUGACUAAAAACUACACUCUGUUCCUAAUUGGAACCCUCUCUGGUCUUGGAAACGUUAGGAAAAUAACAAGAUAAAGGUUAUGCGUGCACUGCAGGCAUAAUUACUUAUUCCUCUGCCAAAUGUAUUUGCAAAGACAAUUUUAGAUGAAGAGAGUCUCCGUUCUGGCUUGCAAAUUCAACAUGAACCUCAACAGUCAGGUUCAAUAAAGGUAAAGUGAGAGGGGUCGGUGACACUCAGUCAUACAUGGGCACUCUGUGACCCAGACCAAGGUCACACGCAGAACCCCUUCUUUCCUUCUUUAUUGCCGGCAGCUUCCUCUGCCUCCUCUCACUCAGUUGACAUAUAUUGCAAAAGGUGGACAGGCCAACAGUCAACUCACCAUAGCGCCGUCCGAUAGGUGAGGGCUACUAGGGCUGCACUGUCAUUGGCUGACUGCUGGUGAGAGUGCAAUGCGGAUUGGAGGAUGUCGGGGGACUGGGAUGAAGACCUGUGUAAGAAGGCGCUGGUGUUGGUGGAAGAGCUGUGCUUCAACUCCCCUAGAGGCUACAGCCAAAGUGAACGCUGCCAGGAGUUCAGUUACCUGCUGAGAGGUAGCAACAGACAGGACACAGAGAUCUCUGUCAGCCUGCUGUCGGUCAUCGUGACAUUCUGUGGCAUCGUCCUCCUCUCCGUUUCGCUCUUCGUCUCCUGGAAGCUUUGCUGGCUGCCAUGGAGGGACAAGGAGGGCGGAGGCCUGAGCCUGACAUCGGGGUUGUUGCCCGGAAGUGCAGGUGUUGGAAGCCUUGGAGGCCCAGGGGGCUCGUCACUCUUACCCCCCCUGCUGCAGAGGAAGGAGGGCCACUCCUCAUCCUCGCUCUACCCCUCCUUGGGCCAGCAGGGUCAGCACCACCCACAUUUCUCUGACCUGGUGGGAGUGGAGAGGGGGGAGGUUGGCGGUGUGGUUGGAGGGCCACAGGAGACCCAGGAGCCGUCCUAUCUGGACAUGGAUUCCUACCCCAACAAUGCAGGAACUCUGAAGCUGAGUCAGACGUCUCCAGACGUCCCUAACUCAGAGGUUGGAGCCCAGCCCCAUAAAGACCUGCCGAACGCCCAUUCCCAGCAGCAGGUCACCUCCCGGCCCAAGCCCAUGACUCACCAGCUCUCCAGUCCUGAUUUCCAUGGCGAGGAGAAAGAGCAGGUAACCAGCAUUGGGCAGAUCAAACCGGAGCUCUACAGGCCUAAGGGCGACCAGGGCGAUGGCAAACCGGGCGACAACUGCGGCAAGAUUAGCUUCCUCCUGCGCUACGCAUUCAAUACGGAGCAGUUGGUGGUGAAGAUCCUGAAAGCUCUGGACCUGCCAGCAAAGGAUGCCAAUGGCUUCUCUGACCCAUAUGUAAAGAUCUACCUACUGCCAGACAGGAAGAAGAAAUACCAGACCAAGGUCCACAGAAAGACCUUAAACCCGGUGUUCAAUGAGACUUUUCAGUUUGGCGUUCCACUGAAUGAGCUACAUUCCAGGAAGCUGCACUUCUCUGUGUACGACUUCGACCGCUUCUCCAGACACGACCUGAUUGGCCAGGUAGUGGUGGACAACCUGCUGGACUUCAGUGAGGGCAGCGGGGACAAACCAGUCUGGAGGGACAUUGUGGAGGGCACCGCGGAGAAAGCUGAUCUCGGGGAGCUUAAUUUCUCGCUGUGUUACCUGCCCACUGCAGGCAGGCUCACUGCUACAGUCAUCAAGGCCACCAACCUCAAAGCCAUGGACCUGACUGGCUUCUCAGAUCCAUAUGUGAAGGCCUCUUUGAUCUGUGACGGGCGAAGGCUAAAAAAGAGGAAGACUUCCAUUAAGAAGAACACACUGAACCCCACAUACAAUGAGGCGCUGGUGUUUGACAUUCCCAAUGAAAAUAUAGAAAGUGUUUCCAUCAUCAUUGCCGUGAUGGACUAUGACUGUAUUGGUCAUAACGAGGUUAUAGGGAUGUGUCGUGUCGGCAGCGAGGCCGAAGGACCGGGAAGGGAGCACUGGACAGCAAUGCUGGCCAAUCCACGCAAACCAAUAGAGCACUGGCAUCAGCUUGUGGAGGAAAAAGCAAUUGGUACAUUUGUGUCGAAGACUGCAACAGCAUCCUCCCCUAAGCCGAACAUCGUGGUGGACAGUCCUCACUCCGAUUAAAACUGUCAUUAUCGUCUCUCCAGACUUUCCUUUCUUUCCUCUCAUCUGUGAAUAAUUCUCUCCAUCAAAGAAAGAGAGACGCGGAGACAUUGCUAGUGUCCUACUGCUAGUGCUGUUAUGCUCCUGUUAAUGAAUUCUUCAAGUCCUGUGCUCUCUUUACCAAGCCGGGAGAAAAAAAGACAACAUCCAUCCCAAGCUACACCUUGAGCAUCAGAAUUCACAUUAACAAACACAUGCUAACACUAAAUUGUACAGUAGGAAUGAUUUCAGGUGUACAUUUGGGAUCUAGUAAGGGAACAAAAAACAUGUAACUCAUACACACACAUACACACACAGAUACACACAGAGUUUGUAGUAUGUGCGUAGUUCAUGUGUGCUUCAGAUUAGUGUAGUAUUUCAUCUAGGAAGAGUGUGAUGUGACAAACUUUUCUUUUUUGAAAAGUAAAAAAGAAAAAAAAAGAAAGCCAUCCUAGAAUGGACAUUUCAACCAGGACCAAAGGUUCAUGACCUUGUACAGACUAUAAAAGAAGAAAAUCACUAUGUCGAUAUUUUUCUUUGCAAUAUUUGUGUACAGUAUAUGCCGUACUGUAUGGGAAAAAAAUCUCACAUAGUACUUAGCAGGAUGAAACAUUUGAGGUGGAUUCUCCCAGCCCUUUUGGAUGCCUUCUCCAGGCUCCAAGUCCUAUUCUUUAAGACUUAAUUCGCUUAUUUUCCCCAGAGGAAAGACGACAAAGCGUCCAGUGGUCUUUAUUGAUGUCAGAGGAGGGAAAAAUGAGGACUGACUCAUUGGUUUUAGCAUGUUACGCAACCUUGAAAUGUGUCCCUCUUCUUUGUGCUUUUUGUCACCAUCAUUAUGGUGCUCAUCAAUGUCAACAUUUCUAUCAUUAUUUUUGCUCUGUUGUCUGUUUGAUACGGUACACACAUAACCAUCAGAAAAGGAGUUUGUUCAUGCUAUUUUUACUAUCCACUGAUGAUGCUGUGGUGUGAGCUUCCAAUAGACAUGGACUAUAUGAUCGUCCUCUGCUUUCUGGCCAAACUGGCAGACUUUUCCGAAUGUAGGACUACACAGGUUGAGCGAAAUCUACGUUUAGGAUUGGACCAGCAUCUGUUUGGAGUCCACUCGCUAGAGGAUGUUUCCCACGAGGAAGGAUAGCGCCACUCUAUUUUAUUUUUCUAUCAUUCCCGGACUUUUUUCUUUUCUUCUCUCAAGGAGUCAUCGUCAAGCUUCAACUAAAUAAAUGACUAUCUUCAAGUCCCCAUCAUGCCCCUUACAAGACUUUAGAAGGACACACACGUCCGUGUUGCUUUUAUUAGUGUGUGUUUCUGUGUUUGUGGGUGUGUUUGUUUUGUAUUUGUGCGCGUCUGUGUGAUUGUGUAUGCCUGUGUGUCACUGUGACCUUGUGUGUGACACGUCUCUUUGCUCGCCCCCUCCCUCGUCUUUUUUCUGUCUUUGCCUCCCUCACUCCCCAAAUCCCGGCUCCCAAGACUUAAACGCUUGUCUUGGAGCCAAACGUGUCUUCUGUCCCGUGUCUUUACAAGGAGCCAUUUUGUGUGUGUGUGUGUGUGUGUGUGUGUGUGUGUGUGUGUGUGUGUGUGUGUGUGUGUGUGUGUGUGUGUGUGUGUGUGUGUGUGUGUGUGUGUGUGUGUGUGUGUGUGGGUGUCUACUAUAUGUGCCUCAUUGAAAUAGGUGGGGAAACACUGUCUUUCAUAGACAUUAGUUUGUAUUGUCUAUGUUGUCUCUGAAAUCAGCUGCCAAUCAUUCAACCCCUCUCCUCUCUAACCCUUUGCCUGAUGUAAGUAACUGUGUUGAUCGUGUACUUAUUUCAGUAAAUUGUGUACUGUAUGUUCGAGGGAAAAAAACUAAUUGCACACUGAUUGAAAAUUGAAUUGUUGGGUGUGUUUUGAUUAAAUUUACGAGAAGGAAAAAAAAUGAAAGCAAAAGAAACUACGCAUCCAAGGCUCAUUUGUUAUGGCCUACAGAUCAUGACAAAAGUACUGUAGAUCCCCUUAGAGAAAGACAACAGGGAGGAGGUGUUGUGAGAGAACAAGCGCCAGGGAUUUUGCACUUCCUGUGUAAACCGAUACAGACUUAUAAAGCCAUGUCUGUCACUGCUACUACGACUACUACUGUAACCUCAGCAAAACAACAGUACAACACCUCACUACAGCUACUUGUAUUGCUAUUGUUGCCAUUUCUCUCUCAUUCUAUCCCACACACACACUUUUACAGAGGUGUUUGCGUGUUUCAGGGUAGGGACUUAGAUUCUCCCUCUUUACCUUUGGUCCAUGCAAGUGCUGUGAGACUCACCGUAGUGCUUGAUCGGGUAUACAGGAGAUGACACACCCUACAUCAAACCUGCAAGUAUUCUGCGUGGUAUGUCAGCUGGGGGAUUAUCGACCAGCUUGUAUAAGUAGAUAUGGUAUUGAUCCAUUGGUCUCGAAGCCCCAUAAUUCUCUCUUUCCCAGCCUCUCUCUCUCUCUCUCUCUCUCUCUCUCUCUCUCUCUCUCUCUCUCUCUCUCUCUCUGUGCUUGUGUCUAGCCUAUUUAGCCCUUGUGUUACUGCCUGGUGAUGGAUUACAAAACCCAUAGUGGAACAAGCACAUUCCCUCCUUCUCUUCCUCCCUCUCUCCACCACCCCCCUCUCUUUCUGUUUCUGUCUGUCUGAUUACUGUCUGAUUACUCAUUCUCUCCUCCAGCAAUCCUUACCUUUCCUCCCGCUCCCACUUACUUGUCCUCUUCUCGCUCAAAUGUUUCACCAGCCCAACCUUCCAGUUUCCACUGCUAUCUCUCAUCUCUCCAUCUUGCCCUCUUUCUUUCUUUCUUUCUUUCUGUCUGUCUGUCUAUGACACCCUCCUUCCGUCCUCUCUAUUCUCUCUCGCUGUCUUCUCGUGUUAGUGCAGUUCUGAAUGGUAAUGGGGAAACAUGUUUGCAUGCUUAUAUUAACAUGAAUGAUGUCAACUUGAUGCAAUGAAAAAUUAUAUAAGUAAUGCUUUAAGCAAAAUCUGACAAUGAACUUGAUACUAAUACUACUAAUGACGACUUAAUGGAGACUUGGCAAUUGUUUAUCUCUGUGGUCAAAAACAACGAUGAUGAAAUAACAUUGUUUAUGCUGUAUUUAUCUCGAAUUGGUAUUCUUUUUAUUUUUAAAUUGUUUUUUUAUAUAUAAUUUAUUCAAGAGGUUUACUUUUUUAUUGGUUAAAGCUGAGAAUUUGAGUGAGGGGGUUCAGUCAAGGCGAUUGUUUCAGUCGGGACAGCUGUACCAGGUUGCAGGAUAUCGGUGAAUGUGUAAGUAACAGUGUGGCGGAAGCAAUGAUAAUGGAA